CUAUGGUCUAAAAGAACAGUGUCAGUAGAUUGUCCUGGAUUCUAUUGUGGAUUAUUUCAGCAACUGAAGACAAGAACCAGGAACAGAAAUGUCAACUGCAAACUGUGAAAUAAGCAGCAUCUUUAGCAACAUCUUUACCACCAUGUACCCAGUGGUGCCAGCCAAUAUGAUGCCAACACAUGACAAAUUUCUUUCGAUGGGUAGUUCUGAGAUGAACAUUGAGCUAACAGCAGCAGAACCAUCUGGCUGGGCUCAAGAUUUGCCAGCUAUGUGGUCCCAGCAACAGGUCAUGGACUGGAUUGGAUACCACGUUGAGCAGAAUAAGUGGGAUGCCAGUACCAUAGACCUGACCCAGUGUGAGAUGGAUGGGCAACAACUGUGUCAGCUGAGCAGGGAAGAUAUGACCAACAUGUUCGGAGGACUUGGGGACAAGCUGUAUGAUCAUUUAUGCCUGCUCAGAGAAUGGCCAUCUUCUCAGACAACGGAUUCAUGCGGCUCAGGAAUGGGAGAAUUCCAUGCUUCUUCUUAUGACUGGGAUUUGAUCUAUGAUGUUCUGAAAAAUGAGGAAAAUAUGCAUGUUAAAUCGGAAAUAGAUGAAGAUGAUAAUUGCUGUGGGCAAACUUUUAACACGUACGACCCUGGCUAUUACUCUGAUCCAAUUUCUCCAGCCAGUUCUGAGUCCUGUGGCUCAGAACAAUUCAAAACUUUUAAGAAAACUGAUGGGGGACCCAAUAAGAGAAGGCGGGGAAGACCACGAAAACUGAACUCUGACAGUAGAGAUAUCCUGGAGACAAAGAAAAGCAAACAUUCUGCACGUGGAACCCACCUGUGGGAGUUUAUUCGGGAUAUUCUGCUACAUCCUGAGUUGAAUGAGGGUCUACUGAAGUGGGAAGAUCGUUCAGAAGGGGUCUUUAAAUUCUUGCGCUCUGAAGCUGUGGCCCAACUCUGGGGGCAAAAGAAGAAGAACACAAGUAUGACAUACGAGAAGCUUAGUCGCGCAAUGAGAUAUUACUAUAAGAGAGAAAUUCUGGAGCGGGUUGAUGGGCGCAGACUGGUGUACAAAUUCGGGAAGAACUCCAGUGGGUGGAGACUAGGAGAAAAGGGAACUCUUGGAAGCUAAGCUCAGGCAUCAAGCAAUAUGCAGAUAGUAGCAGGCUCAUUCAGGAUACAGAGUGUUUCUUGAGGGACCUUCCUGGGUCCAUGUAUAUGUCAGACUCCGACCUUUUUUGAAGGACAUUUGUAGCACCAUUUUUACGGUGCCUGUAACUUAAGCUGAUAAUUUAGCUUCAGUAGGUUAUUGUAAACCAUUUUUUUACUUAUUUUUGUAAUAUUGAUAAUGUAAAUAUCUCUAGUGUAGUAAAGACGUCAGUCUCAGGAAAAGAACAGUGUUUCUCGACGGAAGGACUGGAAAUAGUGCAGGUCACUAUAAAACAGUAGUCAAAUCCAUUUAUAAACUAAAAAUCAGCAUAGUUAAGUUCCAUUUGCUGUCCCUUAGAGACAGUUAUCUCUUAACUGCUCCUGAAUAAUAUACAUAUUGGGACAGAAGACUCCUAACAUACAUACAUACUGUACAUACAUACAUACAUACAUACAUAGAGAGAUGACAUAAUUACUUUAUAUAAAUAUAUUCAGAGAUGGCAGAAGCUCUGUUUAUUCCUAGAAAAUUGUAAUGUAAACGUUUUUUCACUGUAACAGCAAUACAUUUGUGGAACUAAUUACAUGAGGAGAUAGUAAGUGAGUAUAUAUGUAAAUAAAAAUGAACUAUGCAUUCAUGGUGUCUACCUAAUGCAUCAAUUUUAGAAAUCCUUUAAUUAGGUACUAUACCUAUCUGAGACAUGAUGCUGUGAAUAACUAUUUUUGUAAUUAAUAAAUCAUUUUAGUGUAAAUAAUGUCAUACUAAAAUUAAUAUUUGUCAGGUGAUUUUUUUUUCUAAAGCACUUAUAAAAUAUUUCAGUAACUGUUAAAAGUUUUCUUUUUUAUAUGUAUCUGUACAGCUGGGCUGGCAAAUUUAUUCUCCAUGUUUGAAAUUGUUUAUAGACAUUAACAUUUAUUUUUUAUAAUAGUUUCUCUAUUAAAACAAAAAUAAAAUGUAUAUUAUGUUGCUGAAGAAUUGUCAGUAAAAUAAUAAAAAAGUUAUAUAUAAAUGUAUUGGUUUUAUAUUUAAUAAAUAUCUAAUCAGAA